AUGUCGGUCAUCAUCAAGGCACCGAAUCGCGAGCAAAACGUCUCUUUCCUGAACAAAUUAGACGAUGAAGAAACUUGUGUGAAUCCAGGAGAUGUUAUAACGGAGAAUACUGAUUUUAUGCGAGGCCAUGGAACCUACCAGGCUUCAUCAAACGAAUUACGAGCAUCAGUAGCAGGAACAGUAGAACGAAUCAACAAGCUAAUUACAGUUCGCCCGGCUAAAAUGCGCUACAAUGGAGAAGUGGGCGACAUUGUCGUUGGGAGAAUUAUAGAAGUGCAGCAAAAGCUCUGGAAAGUGGAUUGCGGGACCAGGUUGAAUGCGUUUUUGAACCUAGCGGCUGUUAAUUUGCCUGGUGGAGAGCUCAGAAGAAGAGGAGCAGAUGAUGAAUUGGUGAUGAGGAAGUUUUUGCAAGAAGGAGAUUUGAUUCUAGCCGAGGUUCAAAAAGUCCGAGAAGAUGGCUACCUAAACCUCCACACCCGAAGUUUAAAAUACGGCAAACUCGGCCCAGGCGUGUUGAUAAUUGUCAGUCCCUCGCUUAUUCGCCGCAGAAAGCAGCACAUUCACAAUCUACCAUGUGGCGUUACCGCGAUUUUGGCGACGAAUGGAUUCGUUUACUUCUGCCCGCUCGUUGAGGAAGAUAUUUCGAUCGUGAAAGAAGUUGAUUCGGCGACGAGGGAGAAUAUUUGCAGAUUGCGGCAAGUGACACUGUCGCUGGCGAAGCAUCGCGUGAGCCUGUACGAUUCUUCGUUGUUAUACGGAUUCGAGGCAAGUCUACACUUUCCAGUAGCAGAAAUCGGCUUUGAAUCGAACGAAGAAGAGUGGCUCGCUGAAAUGAAAUCGCGAAUCGACCGGGAUCAACAAAGCUGA